CCGCCUGCCCGGGGGGCUCUGGUGCUGCCCCCAGCCAUGAGCCCUUCUGUUUUCCCCUGGUAAAGAUGGCGGUGGGCGAUCGCUGCAACCUUUAGACUCAUGACUGUCAGAAACAUCGCCUCCAUCUGUAAUAUGGUUCUUCAAGAGCAGUUACUUGCAGUCGCCAGCUUCCCUCCAUGUGGUGCCCCAGCAUACCCUUUGCUGGUGAUGUCACACCUACCAUUCAUCAGCACUGGAGAAUGGAGCCUACCUAUAGGGGCACCAAUGCCUCUGCUCUGGAAAAAGACAUUGGCCCAGAGCAGUUCCCAAUCAAUGAACAUUACUUUGGAUUGGUCAAUUUUGGGAACACCUGCUACUGUAACUCCGUGCUGCAGGCAUUGUAUUUUUGCCGGCCAUUUCGGGAGAAUGUGCUGGCAUACAAAGCCCAACAGAAAAAGAAGGAAAAUCUCUUGACUUGCCUGGCAGACCUUUUCCACAGUAUUGCCACUCAGAAGAAGAAAGUUGGAGUGAUUCCACCAAAAAAGUUCAUUUCAAGGUUACGAAAGGAGAAUGAUCUCUUUGACAACUACAUGCAGCAAGAUGCACACGAAUUUUUAAAUUACUUGCUAAACACCAUUGCAGACAUCCUACAGGAGGAGAAGAAGCAGGAAAAGCAAAAUGGAAAAUUAAAAAAUGGCAACAUGAAUGAAACUGAAGAGAACAAUAAACAAGAACUCACCUGGGUGCAUGAGAUUUUUCAGGGAACACUGACUAACGAAACUAGAUGUUUGAACUGUGAAACCGUUAGUAGCAAAGAUGAAGAUUUUCUUGACCUUUCUGUUGAUGUGGAGCAAAACACAUCAAUUACUCACUGUCUAAGGGAUUUCAGCAACACAGAAACAUUAUGUAGUGAACAGAAAUACUACUGUGAAACUUGCUGCAGUAAACAAGAGGCCCAGAAAAGGAUGAGAGUAAAAAAGCUGCCAAUGAUCCUUGCAUUGCACCUCAAGAGGUUCAAAUACAUGGAACAGCUACACAGAUAUACUAAGCUGUCUUACCGUGUGGUAUUUCCUCUGGAGCUGCGUCUCUUCAACACAUCUGGAGAUGCUAUCAACUUGGAUCGCAUGUAUGACUUGGUGGCUGUUGUUGUUCACUGUGGCAGUGGACCUAAUCGUGGGCAUUAUAUUACCAUUGUAAAAAGUCAUGGAUUUUGGCUUUUGUUUGAUGAUGACAUUGUAGAGAAAAUAGAUGCUCAAGCUAUUGAAGAAUUCUAUGGUCUGACCUCUGAUAUAUCAAAAAAUUCAGAAUCUGGUUAUAUUUUAUUCUAUCAGUCACGAGAAUGACUUGGAGAACUGUGAAAAUGCUGCAAGUGGAGAAACUGAUCAGCACUGUUAACUGACCACAUCUUAAUAGACUACAUCUUGUAUGGUUGAACAAUUACCUACCAUGUCUCCUACUAAAUAGUUGAUGUGUUUUUGACUAUAACCAUUCAAUUUGACAUGCAGCGCUUUGGGUUUCUUUAGUCUGACUCAAGAGUUAAUUGCAGUCAGAUCUUAGUAGAAUUUAUAUGGACUAAUAUUUACAGAUAACAGGAUUUGAGGUCAUCUGUUAAAUACAACUGAGCUGGAAUCACUUUUUCUAUGGAUGUGUGCAUUAUAUGUAGGGCAAAUUGUUUAAACUUUCUAAAUGGCUUUGAAGUGUCAAAUUAAAAAGCAUUCCUUUGAACACAUACUAAAAUGUAGUUACCAGUGUUCAGUGUAGUAGGGAUUUUGUCACAUUACCUUCCACUGCUAGAAAGAUAUUCUUCCCAAAUCCUUUAAUCUUGGGUUAUUAAAACUUUAAAUGGGUAACCUCAAGACUAAAAUCCAUAUAAAGAGAUUUAAAUCACAGUGGAACAAAAUAAUACUAUGCACCUGGUCUUCUUUUUUUCAUGAAAUAGUACAGAUGAGGUGAUUGACAGUUUUUGAUUCCAAGGCCUAGAAAGGUGCUGAGUGUUUUGUGGGGAAAAGUGAGAGAGAAGUUCUUCUGUAUAUGACACAGCUGAGGUACUUGUAUAAAGAAUGAUCUUAUCUUUCUGCUAAAAGGAACAAUAUGAUGCUUUGUUUGCAUAGCUGAAUUUGCAGAUCUUCCAAUAUUGUUUGCACAAAACAUGUCUCAUAAAUCAGGGCUACAAUUACACAACCUAGUUAAGUGAUGCUGCUGGCAUGGUCUAUAACAUUGAUCCCAUAGCAUGCUGAGUACCAACAGCUUCAAUUGGCAUCGGUGGGAUCUGUAGAUGCUUGACACCUGCUAGGAUGGGGACCAUGCUUUUACAAUUUAGAGCACCUUUAAAAUAAUAUAAUUAAUAAUUCAUACUUGUAGUGAUAGGUUAACUACAUGCAGCAUCAGGAGUAGGUGGGUGGGUCAUGCUUCUCACUGGUGUUCCUGAGAGUGCUGAGGAAACAAUGGAGACUUACCCUAAGGGUCAAAUUCUGUUCCCAGUGAAGUCAAUGAUAAAGCUCCCAUUAUCUUUAGAAGAAGGAUUUGGCCCUAUAGGAGAGUUCAGUACCCGUGGAAACUGUCAUCAUUUCACAGUAUUUACUUUGACUUAUUUUCACUUUGUAUGUAUGUAUGUAAAUAUGUAUGUAGUAGAAAUUCUUGUUCCUAGUAGUCUCUUUUGAGAUGGCCGACUGCAAUUUUAUGGCUGAAUCUCUUCUUUUUUUUUUUUUUAGAUAUAUUGUUUAAAAUACUGUUGAAUCUUGAAUCUCCAUUUCUCUUAUGAGAGUGAAAAACCUUCCUGGCAUUACACGACUACUGUGAAUGUGAAAUUAUUUUUUAUUACUUUAUAGUGAACAUGCAAUAUUAGCCUUUGAUAUAACAUGGUUUGAAGCUUAUUUGGAACGAUCACUGGCCAUUUUGUAACAUAAGGAAACAGCACUUUACAGUGGAGGGGAAAAAAACAAACGUGGAUUUUUCAUCUGUAAACGUGUAAACUAUUUCUCAUGCUGUUAGAGAGAGCAGACCCACAAUGCAGCCUUAUGGCCUUUAUUUAUAUGGUAAUCCCAGUGUUCUAAUAGGAGCUCUCAUACAAGUAAAGAUUGGGAAAUUAGGUUAAAAAAGUUAUAGACACUUCUUUCUUUUAUUCACAAAGGGUGUAUCUACAUAAGACGUUUAUUAUGCAGUUGCCUAAUUAGCUCCACAGUAAAAUGUCAGCAGCUACAAGUGCAUUGCUAUUAGGGCAGAGUAAACUAGUUAACUCUGCCAUAGGAUAGUACUGCCUGAUACAAGUAUUAUCCUAUAAUGGAGUUAUUUUCUCCUCUACAAUGCAUGUAUAGACACUGACAGGGCUGGCUGAGACAUGAGGGUGCUUCAGCAUUGGGCCUGCCUGUCAGUUAGCCCCACAGUGAAGCACCCUUCUACUCCAGCCAGCCCCUCCACAACAGGUUGAGUUGGGCCAGAGCAGCCCCAGGCUGGCAGGCUGACCCCUGGGACCCCCGGCCAGCUGGGGCUCAGCUACUCCAGCACAGCGUAAGCAAUAUUAUAAACAAUAUAUUUAAACACUCCACCUGUGCAAAUGGCGCGUCCAGGAGCAAUUAAUUCUGAUGUGAACUGUGCUGGAGUUUAUUCAGGCGCACUAAUUGCAUGUAUAGAUGUGCCCAGUGAGAUACAAAUGUCUAUCUUUCAACAAAGAAGACAAAUACUAGUUUUGGGUUGGCCUAAUAAAGGUUGUUAGUUGUCUUUGAAGUCAAUGAGAUCCUUCUCCAUUGAUGUCCGUGGAGUUGCAUUAGUCGCUGAAGCGAGUAAAACUGUCUUCCGUAAUGGAAUUUUAAUGAACAUUCAUAUCUUCCUGUAUAAUUAAUAUAUCUACAACUUGCCUGGUGAUUGAGACUAUACUCUAGUUGUGAAUAAAUGCACUUUCUAAAUCAAAGUUAACUAGUAAGACACAUGUCCUGUACUUUGCAAUUUUCUCACAAACGCGUUCUAGCAGCUUUGUUAAACUUUAAAAUAUACCACCACCACCAAUGUAUAACUUGAAUAUUUAGGGUUCAUGUAUGUAUGAAAAACAGUUUUGCAUUUAGAGAUGAUUUAAAGUGGAGCUAAAUUUUGGGAAAUGCUUUAGAUAUUUGGAUUUACUUUACUGAAAAAUAUUUUUAUUUAGUUAAAUUCUGAAUACUGAAGCAAUAUUUACGAAAUAAAAUCUAGGAUUCUACAUCUACUAAUUUUUUAAUUUCUCUGGAUACAAGACGAGACUAACGGUGGAUAAUAAAUAUAGAUAGUUACAGUAUGCUAGUUGACAGUAACAUUAUUAUGAUAGGAUUUUUCACAUUUUAUGAAAAAUGAAUAAAACAAAGUGUCUAUCAACAUUUUUGUGAUACAUUAGUAGAGACCCAAACGAUUUUUAUGAACAUGCUGCAGGGAUGUUAAAUCAGAAAGUUUAUGUUAGCUCAAGAAAAGAUUUAAAACUUUGAUACAAGUCCAAAAAUCAAUAGCCUGACAUCAGCCUUGUAAAGACUGUAAAGUACAGGAUGCUGAUACUAAUUUUGUUUUAGCACCAGUUAAAACAGGGAAUCCUUGCUUUGACUGGUGAUUAUAAAAUCAUAACUUCAUUUUUUUUUUAUUAUCCUCGGUUCAAAACUAGUCCUACAAGACGCCAAAACACCUUGAUCCUGGCUUGCUUAACCAUGCGCUAUUUUAGGCAGAUGUCAGUGGAAACAUUGCUUGGUUUAAGUCAAGCACAUUCUUAAGUGUUUUGCUGGAUGGAGGCCAAGAUACUCAGCUGCUAAUAAAUGCAUAAUGCCUUUUCCACAUGUUUUUAUAUACAUAAUUCCAACCCAUCAGGAAAGACUUGAAAAAAUCUGGGACAAUCAAAGCUUUUCUAGCCAACAACUGAGGGGUGUGGGGAUAAAAGAGAAAUUGUAGCACAGAUGUUCAACAACAUUUUGUGCUCCUAUGCAGUGUCAGUUCUUAGUGUAUUGAGCUUUGCCUAGAUUAAGUCAAAAGAUAACUGAAGUUCAUUAUUUGUGUCACAUGCCAUUGCAUGAGAUCCAUUUUCUGUGUAACACUUUUCUUGUUAGUUGUAUAUUAAUAUGUGUUAUUGCAAUGUUCUUAUUUAUAGGAAAGAACAUUUUUGGUUCUAUUCCACUAAGCCUAAGGAAGCUUUUUAGUACACUCUGUAAUCAGUUAUCAUAGAGGGUAAGCUCAAAACUGAACUUUUGUGUGUCAUAGAAUAAGCUGUCAGUAUUUUGGAUAUUUUUUUAUUUCUGGAGAAUAGUAGUUGGCAAUAGAAGAAGGGCUUAGAGAAGAAGUAGGUUAAUGAAAGCAGGAUAUUUAGCUGAAAAUAAAACACCCACAACCAUCCCAGCCACCCAUGCCAUUUCAAUGGAUUUCAAGUGUAUUUCAAUAAAAUAACAUUUUCAAGUCUGAUUCCUUUAGCAGCUGCAGCAAGAAAAAGCAACAAGUGUCUCUUAUGCACUGAAUUCAGUGAAGACAGUAACAUGUGUACACAGUGCUGGAGCAUGUUUGGGAGCACUGCUCUGAAAAUGCCCCACCAACUUGCUCUUGUUCUGUAUGUACCACAUGUUGAAAAAAAUUGCAUAGCUGCUACUAGAAUAGAGCACGCCUAAAAUUCAGAGUGGCUCUAGGUUAACCCUAAGCAUGUGUCAGAAAGCAGCUACAUGCUAGUUUUUAGCUGUAUGUAUGCACGGAGUAGAACUGAGUGGGUGGGGCAUGUUUUCAUGGCAGUAUUCCCUAGCAUCUUCUUACCUGGUGCAGGCAUACCUGAACUAAGACGUAACUGGAAUUUCUGUUAUAUAUUAUAAUAGGUUCUAGCAUUUGACUACAUGUGGCUUUUGUCCUCAGAGAUUGCAUUGCAUUGCAUUGCAUUGCAUUCUCAUUUGUAUUCAUGUUACAGUAUUGUGUGCUUGGGGCCUGAUCCUGAGAGCUGCUGAAAACUUGCACCUCCCAAUUAUUCAGCACUUCUCAGCAACAGGCUCUUAAUGCCUGGUGUCUUGUUUGCUGUUUUGUGGCCAAGGAGUUUGGGCACUAUCUUUUAUAAUUUGUGUUUAGAAGUUUUAAGAAAUUUUGUCUUUAUACCUGCUAUAUUCUAGUAUCUUUUGUCAGUGUUAUUUUUUAAUUUAUUUGCUUUUUUAUUUCUCUGUAACCAUGCUCUUUACUGUAUUUCUAUAAUAAUUUGUGUAGCUAAUAUUAUUUAGCCUUAUGUUUUAAUUGAUAUGUACUUUGAUUUUUAAUGUAAUCAACCCAAGCACUUUAAGCAAUAAUGUCAAUCUUGUGAAAUUUCAAUCAAACACUUUGCCUUUGCCUCUAAAAUAAAGUUUGUAAAAAAAAUUCUCUAUCUAGAGAAUUGUCUGUGAAAUAUAGCACACAGUAACAUUUGAGUUGUAUGUCUGUGAUUCUCCUAGUGAGUCAAAAGAUGGUUUCAAGUCUAGAAUCAAAAUGUGAAUAAUACACAGUAUGAAUUUAUGUAUAAAAUAAGUAUUGAUUAUGCUUAAUACACACGCAUUAGAAGUAUUACUCACAUUUAGCUUUUAAACUUAAAGUCAGUCUUUAGACUGAUCAUAUGUUCGGUGGUAGAAUCAAUCAAAUUAUAUUUCCCCCACACAUCUGCCAAUCCAUAAGGGACUGAAUAUUCCAAACAGCUACAAAUAGCCACCAUUUAAAAAAUCAACUCCACAGAAAUGUUUACUUAUUUUUCCCAUAUACAUUAAUACCUUUCCUCCCAAGUUACACUUGCCACUCUUCUCCCCCUACCUACCUAAAAAUUACUUGAUCAUGUGUAUAAUGGCUCCGGGUUGCCAUUGUAUCUGAGCACCCGGCAGUUUUUAAUGUUUUAAGCUAAGGAGCUACAGCUGUCAUUGUCCCUUGUACUUGGCAGUGGUUCUGUCCUCUGCACAUUCCUCCCCAAGCGGUCUGUACACACAGAGACAAGAGAUAACUGGGUAAGAGAAGUCUUGUGGUAAAAGAUUGUCAAAGACACGAGAUUUUUUUUAGGUCAGUGUCCAUGCUAUCUUUGGAUUAGUAUAACACGCCCUACAUACCAUGCCAAUAAAGCUCUUUCUUCUUGUCUGAGCAUAUGUCCAUUGUUUAUAAUAUUGCUUAGAACAAUCUUAGUACCAUUUUGGAUAAUGUCCUUUGUUUUUGGGCAGUGAAAAGACCAUAAUGUCUCUCAUUUAUAACAGCUUCAACUACAUACUGGUAUUUUUCUUCAUGAUUUAACAUAGCACCUAACUUCUAAAUGUUGCUGAAGAAGCUCUGACAGAUAGCCUUUUAAAUUUUCUUCCAGUUAACACACAGUACUUCAAAGAAAUAAUUUGAGUUAUUUCUGGAUACAGGAACCUAUUAGAUUAACAUACCACCUUUGCAUACAAGGUCAGGAUACUUGUCAGAAGGCAUUCACCUUCCUGGUGUGGCCAUCUGGGCUAAUCCUAAGUGUUUUUUACACAUUAAUGAUUCUUUUCCCCCAGGAGGUUUGCUUACUGGAUUUGUCUGAGCAAUUAGAUCUGAGACCAAACAUAUUUCCCUUUAUUCACAGUCUUAGAGUUACUAUCAUUCUUUGGGAUUUUUGGUUGUAGCUGUGUUGGUCUAAGGACAUAGGCUGACAAGGUUCUUUGGGUAAAUGUGAUAUCUUUUAUUAGACCAACUAAAUAGUUGGAAAAAUUGUUCUUUGCAAGUUUUCGGGCACAAGCACCCUUCUUCAGGCACAGGGUGAGUCUGUUGGUGUCUGUGCGCUCUCCUGAGUAGAACAGAAACCAAAUUGCAAUAUGCAGGUCUGUGAAAAUGCAAUUACGUGGCAGUGAUGAUCUGAGGGUUCCACUAUAACCAGCCUGCCAUCCGAUAAUCCCAAGUAACCUGUCUGCAUUUUACUAGCUAUAUUCUGUCACCAGUUCUACAGUCCUCCUUCCCUCCCCCGCAACCUGUCUCACACCUAUUGUCUCCCAAUCCCUCAGAUCCUCACUGUCACACAUUUGCAUGUUCACAGACCUGCAUUUUGCAAUUUGGCUUCUAUUUUACCUUGCGGCAAAACUCACCAACCGGGAAGCAGCCGCACUGCUCCCAGAAGCGGCCACAGUGCUUCUGGAAGUGGCCGCAGCGCUACAUCCAGCGCUCCCACUCACUGGCCAAUGCUCUCAGGGUGGGCACUGGCGCUCCUGCCUGCCCCCCCUGCCCAUCACCUAAGUGGGGAGUGCGGCUGGUCAGGGGGUGUGCCAGCUCUGUCAGGGAGUGCACGUGCACCCCUGUGCACCCCCUACACAUGGCCACUGCCCCCUGGGCUAUAGAGCUAUGUAAAAUCAGGGUCUGCAGCCACAGCUUGAGCCAACCAGCUGGUGAGCUCAGAGCUCAAGGACCUGCCCCUGUGGAUAUCUGGAUAUAAAGCAGCUUUAUGAGCACUCGUGGUGCUCUGGAGAGGUGCCGGAGGACUGGAAGAGGGCCAACGUGGUUCCCAUCUUCAAAAAGGGGAGGAAGGAGGACCCGGGAAACUAUAGGC